UGCAUCAGGCGACAACAGCAUGGUGCGUUCGGGGGUCUAAACGUUUGAGUUUAUAUGCUUUUAUGAAUUCAGUCGGCUACGUCGCCGCCGUAUUAACCCAGUUCAGAAGAGCUCACACUUCAUCGGGGGUUCGUCCACUCACGGCAGACAUGUGUAAAGAGCUGAAGACCAGAUUGCUGAGGCUGUUGCCGCCGUCCAAUAACGGGCCGACCAUUCAUCAGGGAUCCCACGCAGACAAUACUGAUAUCCUGGACUGCACGGUGAAGGCUCUGAAAGACGGUGAUGUUGUUGCUGUGCCCACCGACACCAUCUACGGCCUGGCAUGUCUGGCCCAAAACUCUGAUGCGGUUAGAAAGAUCUACGGCAUGAAAGGACGGAACGGACAGAAGCCGCUGGCUAUUUGUGUCGGAGAUAUUCAAGAUAUCUACAGGUACUGUAAAGUGGAGGUGAAGAAGGAACUAUUGGAUGACCUGCUGCCUGGUCCUGUCACUCUGGUGUUUGAAAGGUCUGAAGCCUUGAACUUAGAUCUCAACCCCUUUACAUCUCUCGUGGGUGUUCGUAUCCCCAAACAUGCCUUCAUGCGGAGACUUUGUCAGAUGUGUGAUGAACCUCUUGCACUCACCAGCGCCAACAUCAGCUCACAAACCAGCACGCUAGAAGCGCAUGAGUUUCAAGACCUCUGGCCAAGACUAGCGGUGGUGGUGGACGGUGGGCCGAUACAGGACCAGAGCCGCCUCGGGUCAACGGUGGUUGACCUGUCGGUACUCGGCAAAUAUCGCAUCAUCAGACCUGGCUGUGCCCUUUCUUCUACACUUGACGUGCUGGAGCGCAAAUAUGGACUGUCAGAGGACUCGGGGCAAGAAUGACCUUUUAAACUCUCCACACUCCAAAACACACACUGAGACGCACAACCGGCUCUAACCCUGGGACGCUUGUGGAGAACAUGAGUCUGUUCAUCUCACUUUUCCCAAGGAGAGAAAUGAAGAAAAAAACACAGCUCAGGAAGAAAUCGAGUCUUAAACCGUGACUGACUCUUCUUAUCGUGCAGACUUUUAUUUUCUUUGGGUGUUUAUAUCUUGUUUUUAUCAUGAUGCUGUCCUGGGAUGAUGAGAGGAUGUAGUAGCUCUCUACAAUUUAUCCAGUGACAUCAAGUAAUGUCAGCUGCCUAAUAUGUUGGACGUGGUUGCACAGCAGAGAAGAUAUUUAUAUUUUUGCUUCUUAUUGUUAAUGUUUGGUUAGAAAUGAGGGAGCACUCGAUGAAUCUACGUGCAAACAUUCAGAAAUUAAACCCCUUCCAUGUUUAUUUAAUGCCAGCCAGUGUGAUAUUCACACAACACUUGUUACAAUUUACAAUAAUUAGUUACAUAUGUUGAGACCCCAGUAAUAUUAACUUGGUGAAACUGUAAUAUACCGGUAUGUUUUAAUUGUGGUGUGUGGCUGCUCCAACCUGGAGGGGGUUUUGCUGUUGUUUUUUUCUUUUAAGUGCCUGAUGUAAACGUGUUUAAUGGAUUAUAUAAUGGCAAUAAAGAGGUUAGUAUUUUAUUUUAUUCCAACAGUUUUCUUCAUGCUUUAGAAGCUUUUUGUUUUCAUUCAGAAGUGUCUUGGUUUGAAUCACGAUUGAUUCUGGUUAUUUGGUUGUAAAAUCGAAAGACUCAGUUACCCGUAAUAAGGAAAUGAAGUG